AUGGGAAGGAAGAAGAGGGGAGACGACUUCCCGGACUAUCCGGAUCCGAAUCUCGAAGAGGACGUAGCGUCGCCCGCCAAGGAGGUGCCCACGGCAGCCGAGGCCGGCCCCGGGAAGAAGAAGAAGGACAAGAAGAAGGGGAAGAAGAAGGGCAAGGAGGCGGCGUUCGGGUCCGAUGACGACGACGACGACCUGGACCCCAUCAAGGCCGCCGCGAAGGCCGCAGCGCCCGCGCCGGCGCCGGCGCCCAAGGCAGCCAAGGCGCCCGCGAAGCCCGCCGGGGCCUCCGCCUUCGCCAUGCUGGCCGCGGACGACGACGACCUAGAUGACGACGAGGACGACGAGGCGCCGCCGUCGCCGCCCCCGAAGAAGAAGGACGCCAAGGCCAAGGGGGGGAAACAGGCCGCGAAGCCCAAGCCCGGCGCGUCGGCGUUCGCGAUGCUGGCCGGGAGCGACGACGACGAUGGGGAGUCCGAGGAGGACGAGCCCCCCGCGCCGCCGCCGAAGAAGGCGGACAAGAAGAAGGGCAAGGCUGCGGCGAAGCCCAAGCCCGGCGCGUCGGCGUUCGCGAUGCUGGCCGGGAGCGACGACGACGAUGCAGAGUCGGAGGAGGACGAGCCGCCCGCGCCGCCGCCGAAGAAGGCGGACAAGAAGAAGGGCAAGCCCAAGCCCGGCGCGUCGGCAUUUGCGAUGCUGGCCGGGAGCGACGACGAGGAGGAGUCGGAGGAGGACGAGCCGCCGGCGCCGCCGCCGAAGAAGGCGGACAAGAAGGCGGACAAGAAGAAGGGCAAGGCGAAGCCCGGCGCGUCGGCGUUCGCGAUGCUGGCCGGGAGCGACACGGAGGACUCUGCGGAGGACGAGCCGCCCGCGCCGCCGCCGAAGAAUGCGGAGAAGAAGAAGGGGAAGGCUCCUGCGAAGCCCAAGCCGGGCGCGUCGGCGUUCGCGAUGCUGGCGGGCAGCGACAGCGAGGAGGAGGUGGAGGACGCGCCGCCGUCGCCGCCGCCGGAGCCCCCCGCGGCGCCGUCGGAGGACGAGGAGGUCGUCGCGAGCGCGCCGAAGAGCAAGAAGGACAAGAAGAAGGACAAGAAGAAGGCGAAGAAGGCCGCGGAGAAGGGCGGGGACGACAUUGCGGCGGCGCUGGCGGAGCUGGGCAUCAUGCCGGCGGAGGGCGCGGGCGACGAGGAGGGCGGGGAGGGCGAGGUCGCGGAGGACGCGGCGCCGGCUCCGAAGAGCAAGAAGGACAAGAAGAAGGAGAAGAAGAAGGCGAAGAAGGCGGACGACGACGACUUGGACGCUGCGCUGGAGGAGCUGGGCAUCGAGCCCGCGUCGGAGGCGCAGGACAGCAAGGGCGAGGGCGACGGCGCGGGCAAGGAGAGCGACGACGAGGACGCGGAGGGUCCGGGCGGGCGGCUGCUCACCAAGGCCGAGAAGAAGAAGCUGAAGAAGCAGCGGCAGGCGGAGCAGAAGAAGGCCGCGAAGAAGACCACGGGCGGCGGCGCGGCGGCGGCGGCGGCGGCGGCGGCGGCGGCGGCGGCGGCGGCUGAGGCCGAGGAGGCCAAGGGCGAGGAGGGCGAGGAGGUGGGCGGCGGGGGUAAGAAGGGGAAGAAGGGGAAGAAGGGACCUAGUUCUGCAAUUGCGAAGAAGCUGGCGGAGGAGGUGCGGAAGCGGCAGGAGGCGGAGGAGGCGGCGCGGCGCGAGGAGGAGGAGGCGCGGCGGGCGGAGGAGGAGGCGAUCCGCGCGGAGGAGGAGGCGGCGCGGCGCGCGGAGGAGGAGGCCGAGCGGCGGCGGCAGGAGAAGAAGGAGCGCCGCGAGCAGCUGAAGCGGGAGGGGAAGCUGCUGACGGGCAAGGCGAAGGAGCUGGCGGCGAAGCGGCAGGCGGCGCUGGACCAGCUGCUGAAGCAGAGGGGGCUGUCGAAGGAGGAGCUGGAGGCGGAGGAGGCGGCGGCGAAGAACAAGAAGGUCGUGUACGAGACGAAGAAGCAGCGGCAGGCGCGGCUGGAGGCGGAGCGGAAGAAGAAGGAGGCGGACGACGCGGAGGCGGCGGCGGCGCAGGCGGCGGCGGCGGAGCGGAAGCAGGAGGAGGAGGCCAAGGCGAAGGAGGAGGGGGGGGGUGAGGGGGGGAGUGAGGAGGAGGGGCCGGCGGUGGAGAGCUGGGAGCAGUGGGAGGACAUCGACGCGGAGGAGGUGCUGCCGGGGGCGUCGAAGCACGAGGAGAAGGCGGAGGCCAAGGGCGGGAAGGCGGCCAGCUCGUCCGAGAGCGAGAGCGGGUCGAGCAGCGGGUCGGAGAGCGACUCGGAGAGCGGGUCGAGCAGCGGCAGCGACUCGGACAGCGACAGCGACUCGGACAGCGACAGCGACAGCGACAGCGACAGCGACAGCGACUCGGACAGCGACAGCGACAGCGACAGCGAGGAUGAGGAGGAGCGUCGGAUCCGCUUGGCGCGGGAGAAGCGGGCGGCGCGGCUGAAGGCGGCGAUGGCUGCGCGUUCGAAGGACGACCUGCGGUCCCCGAUCUGCUGCAUUCUCGGCCACGUGGACACGGGCAAGACGAAGAUCCUGGACAACAUCCGGCGCACGAACGUGCAGGAGGGCGAGGCGGGCGGCAUCACGCAGCAGAUCGGCGCGACGUACAUUCCGCGCGAGGCCGUCGAGAAGCGCACGGAGGAGCUCCGGAAGGGGAGGGAGUUCCAGAUGAAGGUCCCGGGGCUGUUGGUGAUCGACACCCCCGGGCACGAGUCCUUCACGAACCUGCGGUCGCGCGGGUCGGGUCUGUGCGACGUGGCCAUCCUCGUCGUCGACCUCAUGCACGGCCUCGAGCAGCAGACGAUCGAGUCGAUCAACAUGCUGCGCAUGCGCAAGACGCCGUUUGUCAUCGCGAUGAACAAGAUCGACCGGCUGUUCAAUUGGAAGGAGAAGAAGGACGCGCCGGUGCGGGACUCGCUGAAGCGGCAGAAGGCGGACGUGCAGGACGAGUUCAAGAACCGGUACAAGGAGGUGGCGCUGCAACUCAAUGAGCAGGGACUCAACGUGAGCCUGUAUUGGGAGAACCCGGACCCGCGCAAGUUCGUCAACGUGGUGCCCACGUCCGCGAUCACCGGCGAGGGCCUCCCGGACCUCAUGCAGCUCCUCGUCAAGCUCACCACGACCAUGAUGGCGGAGCGCCUCAUGUCGAUCGCGGAAACACAGUGCACGGUCCUGGAGGUGAAGAUGGUGGAGGGUCUCGGGACGACGGUGGACGCCGUGCUGGUGAACGGCCUGCUCCACGAGGGCGACACGAUCGUCCUGUGCGGCCUCAACGGCCCGAUCGUGUCGACCAUCCGCGCGCUCCUCACGCCGCACCCGCUCAAGGAGCUGCGCGUGAAGAACCAGUACGUGCACCACAAGGAGAUCAAGGCCGCGCAGGGCGUGAAGAUCGUCGCGCAGGGCCUCGAGCACGCGAUCGCGGGCACCGAGCUGCACGUCCUCGGCCCCGACGACGACCUCGAGGAGCUGAAGGACACCGUCGACCGGGAAAAGAGCAGCAUCCUGAGUCAGGUCGACCGGUCCGGGGAGGGCGUGUGCGUGCAGGCGUCGACGCUCGGGUCGAUGGAGGCGCUGCUGGACUUUUUGCGGUCGGAGAAGGUCCAGAUCCCGGUGUCGGUCAUCGCGCUCGGGCCCGUGCACCGCAAGGACGUGAUGCGCGCGUCGACCAUCUUGGAACGCAAGCGCAAGGAGUUCGCCGUGAUCCUGGCCUUCGACGUCCCGGUCACCAAGGAGGCGCAGGAGUACGCCGACUCCGUGGGCGUCAAGAUCUUCACGGCGGACAUCAUCUACCACCUGUUCGACCAGUUCACCGCGUACAUGGCGCGCAUCAAGGAGGAGCAGCGGUCGGCGGCCGCGGAAGAGGCAGUGUUCCCCUGCGUGCUCCGCGUGCUGCCGCAGUACGUGUUCAACAAGCGCGACCCGAUCGUCGUCGGCUGCGAGGUCGAGGCCGGCAUCGUGCGCAAGGGCACGCCGCUGUGCGUCCCCACGAAGGGCAAGAUGGAGCUGGGGAAGAUCACGAGCAUUGAAAAGGACCACCGGGAGACGUUCGAGGCGCGCAAGGGCGACCAGGUGGCGAUCAAGAUCGCGCCGCAGAACUCGGACCAGCAGAGCCGGGCGUUCGGGCGGCACUUCGACGAGAAGGACCAGCUGGUCAGCCGCAUCACGCGGCGCUCCAUCGACCUGCUCAAGGAGAACUUCCGCGACCAGAUGGAGCAGCAGGACUGGAAACUCAUCAUCAAGCUCAAGUCCGUGCUGCAGGUGGACUAG